CGGUCGCUUGUUCAGCAGCCUGUUGAUCAAGCCGCGGGUUGUCUCAUGAAGAGCCGGGAAUGUCAGAGGAACAGUCUCUCUGUGCACAACAAACACAACCAAACAAACUGUUUACUUUUAGUGUUUAUUUUUAUUUGUUUCCUCUGUCUGGAAGUUGGACCGAUGUGUGAGCAGAAUGUUAGCCGGAGAUGAGGCGCUGCAGUCGGCGUUGAGCUGCGUGUCGACCCGCUCGGUCCCCGCCGGUGCUUUAUUCAUCAUCCAGCACUGAGGCGAAUCUGCAGAACAGCCAAGGUGCAUGAUGGGAUCUUUCCGGCGCCCUCGGCCUCGCUUCAUGAGUUCUCCGGUUCUCUCUGACCUGGCCCGGUUCCACGCCAGCUCCCCGUCGCUCUCCAACACCAGAGUGUGGAACAGCGUGCAGUCAGCAGUGAUGCAGGUGUUUCAGGGUUCGGCGCUGCAGCCUAACGAGCUGUUCACGCUUAACGAGAGCAUCAGAUGGCUCCUCAAAACAGAGAUGGGCUCCUUCAUCACCGACUACUUUCAGAACCAGCUUCUGACUCGAGGUCUUUCUGAAGUUCUGGAUCAGGUCCAGCUUCACUCAGGUGACGAGCAGCUGGUCGUCCUCGGCAACGUCUGGGAUCGAUUCUUCACGGAAAUCCUGCCGACCCUGCAGGCCAUCUUCUACCCUGUACAGGGUCAGGAGUUGUCAGUGAGGGAGAUUUCUCUCCUGGCGUUCAGAGACCUCGUGCUGCUGAAGCUCCACCUGCAGGACGAUCUGAGAACUGCAGCCUUCAUACCUGCAGCCGUAAAACAGAUGCUGCUGGUGCUGCAGGGCGUCCACGAUGCUCCCAGCCUGGAGUUCUGCCAGCUGGAGCGUCUGGUGGAGGUCGUCGUGACGCCGUUCAUCAGAGACGCCCUGCUGACAGACCCCCAGCGCUCCCCAGAGGUGCGGGUGCCCACCCCCGGCGACGCGCUGUCUCUCGGCCCCCUGGUGGAGACGGAGGGCGAGGCGUACCUGGAGAAGACGGGCGGCGUGCGGCGCCAUACGGUCGCCAACGUGCACUGUGACGAGGGGGGCGUGGCCUUCAUGCUGGGGGCGGGGCCUAUGGCUCCCAGGGGGGGGCGCACCGGGGUCACCUGCAGAUAGACACUGGAUGCAGAGCGGGAAACUGCAGGGACAGGAAGUGACAUCACGGGAUGGAAAGCACGAGGAGAAGGAUCCACGGAAGAUCAGGAAACAACGGUUUUCUCUGAAAAUUCCACGAAGAGACACGAAUUCUCUGACGAUACAAACGACUGACUGAACAUCAGCGAGCAGAUAGACACUCACUGCAAUGAGCAUGACUGAACAUAUACAAAACACAUUCAUAAAAUAGACAUAUGAUAAUAUAUAUAUAUAAAUAUAAAUAAGCAUAAUAUAUCUGAAGAAAUACAGAAAGGACAACAAAAAGACACAAAAUGCCAGAAAAUAGACAACGACAACAACAACAACAACAACCCUGUGUGACUUCAAUAAGACAUUUAAAUAGAUGGAAAACGACUUCAAGGAGACUAAAAAGUGACAGAGAAUUCAGACAGGAUGAAACAGGACAACAGGAAAUCAAAGGAUGGGACAGGAAGGAGGAGAAAGUGACAAGUCGACAGGAAAACAGACACAAAAUGAAUGAAAAGAGACUAAAAACCUGAACAUAGUGACGACAAACGACCCAAAAGACAACAAAAUCACUAAAAAUAGACUUAAACUGACAAAAAUUGACCAUAAUAUACACAUAGCGACUAGAAAGGACCCCAAAAAGACACAAAAUGCCAGAGAAUAGACAACGACAACAACAACAACAACAACCCUGUAUGACUUCAAUAAGACGCAAUAGGACAUUAAAGUAGACGACUUCAAGGAGACAGAAAAUAACCAUUAAAGACUAAAAAGAGACAGAAAAUUCAGACAGGAAGUGAAAGGACGGGACAGGAAGUGGGGUCUCGAUGUAAAUACGUUUCUCUUUUAGCAUUCUUAAUGAUUAAUAAAGAAUAUUAAAUUAAAAAAA